CCGGCCGGACCCGGACCAGCACCCCCGGCGCGGCCCAGCCCAGCCGGGCGGCGGCUCCCAUCAGGGAAACUGGCUCAAAGAGUUGCCAUGAAGUGCCCUGGACCUCCAGAGAGCGCAAGACUUGCCUUCUUCCUGGACAAUGCCUUAGCCAGAGAGGCUAGGAUUUGGAAAGUGCCAGUUUUCCAGAAUCUCACCCUGAAGGGCACAGAUAUCUCUCUGUUGUGUUACAAGAAGGCGGUUCUCUGGAUUGCAGAAAUAAGCUCUCAGUUCCAGUUUCACCCUGAAACAUUUGGCUUAGCUACCAGCAUCUUUAACCGGUUAUUGGCAUCAGUAAAGGCCCAGUUAAAGUAUCUUCAGUGCAUAGCAAUUUCCUGCCUUGUCCUUGCAGCAAAAACCAAUGAAGAAGAUGAGGUAAUACCAUCGGUGAAGAUGCUCGCAGUGCAGAGUGGUUGUAAACGCUCUCCAGCUGAGAUCUUGAGAAUGGAAAGAAUUAUACUAGAUAAGCUUCAUUGGGAUCUUUACACAGCAACACCAAUGGAUUUCUUAAACAUUUUCCAUGCCAUGGUGAUGUCCAACUGGCCCCAUCUACUACAUGGGCUGCCUCAGAUGAAUCCUUCCCGCCACGUUGCAUUCUUGACCAAACAGCUACAGCACUGUAUGGCGUGCCACCAACUAUUGCAGUUUAAGGGCUCCACAUUGGCUUUGGUGAUCAUCACCUUAGAGCUGGAGAGGCUGACUCCUGACUGGUUUCCUGUUAUUACUGAUCUGCUAAAAAAAGCACAGGUUAACAGCGCUGAAUUCAUCCACUGCAAAGAGCUCGUGGAUCAAGAGCUAAUGCGCUUGCAGCCAUCCAACGCUGUUUAUAUUUUCUAUCCCAUCAGUCAAGCCAUCCAAGGCCAUCCCAAGGCCAGGCUACCCUACCACGACCCUUCUGGAUUGAAGAAUUCCCAUCCGGUGAGGUCGAGGGUCGCUGUAAGCCAGCCAGUUUUAGCGCCUUUCACGCCUACUACGGCCCAAAUUCCUGAUGACACCAUGGAGACAGAUGAAUACUACGAUGGAUUCAGACACCUGUACAGUGAGGAUGGGGGAGCGAGUGGUGGGAGGGUGAACGCGGGUGGCUCGUGCCCUCAGCUGAGGCCUGGAGAAGGCAGCUCCCCGUGUCCUCCCCUACAGCCGCCUGAAAGGGACUAGUGGAGAGUUACUGCCUGGAAGCAGCACCUGCAGAACCAGUAGGUCCCAGUGAACAGAACAGGCGACACAACAGAGCAAAAGUGCUGCUGUGUUUUUCAGAAAGAUUUUUGUCAUUAUCCUCUAUUUUUUUUAUGUCCUUCCUAAGCGGUGUGUGCUACCCCUCAGUUCUUAACAUCACGUAAAUACAGAAGGCUGGGGAGAGGAGGGACUUGGUCACAAUCCUACAACUCAGGGAUCAAGUUGGCAGAAAGCUACAAACUGCACCAGGGAGAAGCAAAUGUCUCCGAGUUUGCUUUUAAAAUAGCUGUGAUGAAGUGUGACAGAUUGAGCCUUUCAUCCAGCUCACUCCAUUGUUCUCUUAUUAGAGCUAAUCUGACUUGCCCCAUGGGAGAGUGAACAGGAGCUGCUUUCAAGGAAGGGGGAGCUCCCACUGCUGGCUCCGUAAGCGUAGUUCUCAGAUGGAACCAAGGUUUUGAUUUAGUAGUGAGAAGGCUGAGAAUCAAACCUCCAGUUUUUCUUAAGGCCUUACCCUGGAAUGCAGGGGUCCGAGGUCUGUGCUCCUUCCUGGUUAAGCCAUUAAAGACCCAGUCCCAGUUCCUACGAGCUGUGGGAAAUCGCUUCUUGUCCACAGUCACCGUUGCCUUGGGCCCUCACCAACCAGCACGUGCCAUUCAGGGUUUUUUUAAUUUAUUCUGUUUUACCAGACUGGACAAUACAAAAUGCCUUUAAUUAAUUUCCCCCCAUCACCACCACUUUAGUUUUUAUUAACUAACUGCUAUUCUCCAUAGCAAAGCACUUUUACGAACUACAAAGGUCAGUUUAAACCUCUGUUGCACUUUGAAAAAAACAGCCUUACACAUUCUUUUAAAAUAAGUGUUUUCUUAGGUUUUUUGGUUUUGUUUUAAACAAUAGGCCCAGCAUUUUCAGGUGAUUGUUAUCCUAGUUUGAAGGUACAAUCCAGACGGUACUGGAUGAAUAACACCACCACGCCUGCAAGUCCUGUCACAGAACAGGAAAGGGUUUCACAGGGACGGGCCCAGGCUAAAUGCUGAGCAAGUGUCUCACGUAACGACACAGGAUAAAGAAUGAUAAAGGUGAGACAGGAGCGAGGAGACCCUCCUGCUGCGUAACAGCAGCACUCAUCAGUGCCGGAAGAAAGUUUCUGGCCGCCUUCCCCUUGCUCAUCAUCUUACCUUGUAAUAGAGGAAUUCCUGAACGUCGAACUGUGCAGGACUGAUGUCCUGAGCAGCUCUGUUAACAGAUAACGCUUUCUAAAGCAUUCCAUUUGCCACAACUGGCACUGAGAACAGAGCGAGCUUUGUACGUGUGCAGGGAGAAAGCCGUGCUUUGCUUUUUAAACCACAAAGAAAGCGGUGCCUAAGUGUUCCAGAAAGAAACAUUUAGUGUCAGAGACUUAGUGCAAAUGGCACGUGGGAGCAGAUGGGACUUGAACCAGCAGUGAAGCCGAAGGAGGUCCCAUGAGGCAAGUCAAAGCUACCGCAACUGUGAAUGCUGUGCUGCAGCGGGGAGGCUCUGCCUGGCCGGGGGAUGCCGCAGGAGCAGGACUCAGCGCCCGGUUUUAGACCGGACGAGGUUUACGAGGUACCCACGCAGCCGGGGGCCAGGCAGCGGCAUGCUUCACAUACGUUAUUUAUUCAUCCUGCCUACGUACCACAGGGAAGGUUUUAAUUUUGUGGUAGGGCUCUUUCCUCCCCCCAGUACAGCACCUUCCUUUUCUAUCACAAGCUGUGACUUGACUGCCUGACUUUUUGAAGGAGGCGAGUUGUCUUUUGUAGUUUUCAUUAAAUAAAAUAUAA